GUCAGUCGCCGCCCGAAGCAGGCCAAAGAGCGUCGCGCCCUCCGCGCUCUUGCCAUCCGCGCUCUUUCUCAUACCGGGUUUUAGUUUGGUACCACGAUGACAUAGCCAAGUGCCGUGCCACGAAACUUACGUGAAAUUGCACAUAUUUUUAAGUUUUUUGGUUGGAACGAGGAAACCGUAAAGGUCCCGUUGUUGCAGAACUAGCGACGACCCACCCCGCUCCGUUGAGGGACAGAGGCGAGACCGAGAGGCGGCUAGUUCCUUUUUAUCCGCCUUUUUCAUAGAGACUAGCGAAAAUGGGCGAGCAUGGCCGUACCGACUCGUACCGCGUCGCCACCAUCGGCCCCAUUAAGGACGAUAAUAGGACAGCUGACGGACUCUUCAAGACACGCCGAAAACCCCCUGCGAAAAAACGGAAAACAGGAGACUUAGAUGAUCUCAAACAGGAACUCGAUAUCGAUUUCCACAAAGUUACACCUGAAGAACUAUACCAAAGAUUCCAAACACAUCCCGAAAACGGCCUUAGUCAUGCAAAAGCGAAAGAGAAUCUUGAACGGGACGGUCCCAAUGCUCUCACGCCUCCAAAACAGACACCCGAAUGGGUGAAGUUUUGUAAAAAUCUGUUCGGCGGUUUCGCGUUAUUACUUUGGAUUGGUGCUAUACUAUGCUUCAUUGCCUACGGAAUUCAGGCGAGUACUGUGGAAGAACCGGCGGACGACAACCUUUACCUGGGCAUCGUGUUAGCGGCUGUGGUGAUCGUGACGGGCAUAUUCUCGUACUACCAGGAGAGCAAGUCGUCGAAAAUCAUGGAGUCGUUCAAAAACAUGGUGCCGCAGUUCGCGACUGUCAUCCGGGAGGGGGAGAAGCUGACGCUGCGCGCUGAGGACCUGGUGCUUGGUGAUAUCGUUGAGGUGAAAUUCGGCGACCGAAUCCCAGCUGACAUCCGGAUCAUCGAGGCGCGCGGCUUCAAAGUGGACAACUCUAGCUUGACCGGCGAGUCAGAGCCCCAGUCCCGAGGCGCCGAUUUUACCAAUGAGAACCCCCUCGAGACAAAGAACCUCGCCUUCUUCUCCACCAACGCUGUCGAAGGCACCGCCAAGGGAAUCGUUAUCUGCUGCGGAGAUAAUACCGUGAUGGGCCGUAUCGCCGGCCUCGCUUCUGGCCUGGACACUGGAGAGACCCCUAUCGCCAAGGAGAUCCACCACUUCAUCCACCUCAUCACGGGCGUGGCCGUCUUCCUCGGUGUCACCUUCUUCGUCAUCGCUUUCAUCCUCGGCUACCAUUGGUUGGACGCUGUCAUCUUCCUCAUUGGUAUCAUUGUCGCUAACGUGCCAGAAGGCCUACUCGCCACCGUGACCGUGUGUCUCACCCUGACGGCUAAGCGAAUGGCUUCCAAGAACUGCCUGGUGAAGAAUCUGGAAGCUGUGGAGACCCUGGGGUCCACCUCCACCAUCUGCUCGGACAAGACCGGCACACUGACUCAGAACAGGAUGACUGUGGCUCACAUGUGGUUUGACAAUCAGAUCAUUGAGGCUGACACUACCGAGGACCAAUCUGGAGUGCAGUAUGACCGCACCAGCCCCGGAUUCAAGGCGCUAGCUAAAAUCGCCACCCUCUGCAACCGCGCCGAGUUCAAGGGCGGUCAAGAUGGCGUCCCAAUUCUGAAGAAGGAAGUCGCCGGCGACGCGUCCGAAGCUGCUCUGCUCAAAUGCAUGGAAUUAGCUCUAGGAGACGUGUUGUCCAUCAGGAAGAGGAACAAGAAAGCUUGCGAGAUUCCGUUCAACUCAACCAAUAAGUACCAGGUGUCGGUGCACGAGAGCGAUGACCCCAGCGACCCGCGCCAUCUGCUGGUCAUGAAGGGAGCCCCCGAGAGGAUCUUGGAACGCUGCAGCACUAUCUUCAUUGGUGGAAAGGAGAAGGUUUUGGACGAGGAAAUGAAGGAAGCCUUCAACAACGCAUACCUCGAACUGGGCGGCCUGGGCGAACGAGUGCUGGGCUUCUGCGAUCUCCAACUGCCCUCGGACAAGUACCCCAUCGGGUACAAGUUCAACACGGAUGACCCCAACUUCCCCCUGGACAACCUGAGAUUUGUGGGCCUCAUGAGCAUGAUCGACCCGCCCAGGGCUGCCGUACCCGACGCCGUGGCUAAGUGCCGCUCCGCUGGUAUCAAGGUUAUCAUGGUGACGGGCGACCACCCGAUCACAGCUAAAGCUAUCGCGAAGUCGGUCGGCAUCAUCUCUGAAGGCAACGAGACGGUGGAAGACAUUGCAGCCCGGCUGAAUAUCCCCGUGUCGGAGGUCAACCCGCGCGAAGCCAAGGCGGCCGUCGUCCACGGCACUGAGCUUAGGGAACUCAACUCUGAUCAGCUUGAUGAGAUCCUCAAAUACCACACGGAGAUCGUGUUCGCGCGUACCUCCCCGCAACAGAAGCUGAUCAUUGUGGAAGGAUGUCAACGAUUGGGCGCCAUUGUGGCCGUGACUGGAGACGGUGUGAACGAUUCGCCAGCCCUGAAGAAAGCUGAUAUCGGUGUUGCUAUGGGCAUCGCUGGCUCCGAUGUAUCCAAACAGGCCGCCGACAUGAUCCUCCUGGACGACAACUUCGCGUCCAUAGUGACUGGAGUCGAAGAGGGCCGCCUGAUCUUCGACAACUUGAAGAAAUCCAUCGCCUACACUCUCACGUCUAACAUUCCCGAAAUUUCUCCCUUCCUCGCCUUUAUCCUGUGCGAUAUCCCGCUGCCGCUCGGCACUGUCACCAUCCUUUGUAUCGAUCUUGGAACCGACAUGGUGCCUGCCAUAGCGCUGGCGUACGAAGAAGCCGAGGCGGACAUAAUGAAACGCCCGCCAAGGAAUCCGUUUUGCGACAAACUAGUCAAUGAGAGGCUGAUCUCAAUGGCCUACGGUCAGAUCGGUAUGAUCCAAGCCGCUGCCGGCUUCUUCGUAUACUUCGUGAUCAUGGCUGAGAACGGCUUCCUCCCGACUAAGCUCUUCGGCAUCAGGAAGCAGUGGGACUCCAAGGCUAUCAACGAUCUGACCGAUUCCUAUGGACAAGAAUGGACCUACCGCGACCGCAAGGCUCUGGAGUUCACCUGCCACACUGCGUUCUUCGUGUCCAUCGUGGUGGUACAGUGGGCUGACCUGAUCAUCUGCAAGACCCGCCGCAACUCCAUCGUGCACCAGGGCAUGCGCAACUGGGCCCUCAACUUUGGCAUCGUAUUCGAAACCGCGCUCGCCGCAUUCCUCUCCUACACUCCUGGAAUGGAUAAGGGGCUCAGGAUGUACCCUCUCAAGUUCGUGUGGUGGCUGCCCGCCAUCCCCUUCAUGCUGUCGAUCUUCAUCUACGACGAGAUCCGGCGCUUCUACCUGCGCCGCAACCCGGGCGGCUGGCUCGAACAAGAGACUUACUACUAAACACCGACCACUGUCCACGCCAUCGUGCAUCACUUAGUUACUGCAUACAUAAUACUUCAUUUGUGUUCUCAACGUGCGGAGCGCAUCGCCCCUAGCCUCUUUGACCUCGGCCCCUUGCCGCUCGAUAGGCAAACGGCCGAUUAGAACAUCUAAUUUUAAAACGUCCCAUAAUUAUCGCCGAUGAAUCUCAAUCGAUCGAUUAUACUUGUGUGGUUUUCGUAUGAUUAGCUGAAUCUAAUUUUUUUGUGGUCAAUUCGAAAUAGAAGUACAAUCUGUUGUUAAACUUUUAUGGUAUUUUAUUUGACUAAUUAUUAAUUUUUGAGCAGUUUUGUCGACUGUCGAAUUGACCAUGAAAAUGAAUGUGAAGAUUUGAUUGUAGCUCCGUAUGCCGCGCGGUCUCGUCGGCGAUGCGCCCCGCACCCGACUUGACAGAGGUAGCGGUGCCGUGUCCCGGUAUAUGUGUACUCGCUGUCGUGUUUGCUUGUCACCGCUUGUUACCGCAUCGCUCCGCACAGGGGCACUGUGUAUGUACCUGUCGAGUGUGUAUGACGUUGGUUGCGCGCGACUCACCGGUUCGAGCGCCCGCGCAAACUCACUAUUAUUGUUUUUAUGAACUAUGUAUGUAUAUAUGCACAGUGGAGAAUGAAGUUUGAUAUUUGUGAUGUUAAAAAAAAUUAUACACAUAUUAUUUUUAAAUCGUGAAUCAUGUUAUUUUUAUAUUGAAUCGUUUGAAAUGUAAUUUGAGUAUGAAGUGGCGAGUUUGGAAUCUCCUCGUGCUGUGGGCGCGGAGCCGGGCGCUCGGCUGACAUAGAAUAACUAAUGUAAUGAAUUGUUUUCACAUACUUAUGUAAUAAGUAAUGAUCGUGUAGCGUAGAGCCCGCACACGACCCGCCGCGCUCCGAGCUCGGCGGCCAACGAAAUGCAUUUGUUGUAAAAUUAACAGUUAAGAAGCCAUUAUUAUUAUUAUAAUUUAAGUGAAUUAGAUUAAGUUGAAUUUUUCGAGUGAAUAAAGUUUAGUUGAGAAUUGGAUCGGGUGCAUGGCGUAUGAGAGGUCGAUGUGGAGUGCCUGAGUUUUAGCGUACUACUGCUUACUGUUAGGUAGGUAGUUGAAAUUUCGAUGCCGUAUUUUCAAUCGUAAAAGUAGAUAAAUAAAGCAUACACAGUCGCGAAUGCUUGUCGGUGCGGUCCAGGCCACUGCCGACCUGACUCCGGCGCUGGCUGCGGAGCCCGCAGCUCAGACGCUUUUCUUUUAUUAAAUAAUCAGAUUAUUAGCGAAUUUCGUCAAAUUUAUUAAAUAGGCUGCUCAUGGUAAUUACGUAAGAUUUUAUUUCUUAAUUAAAAGAUAAUAACAAAACGUAGGGAUGCGUAAUUAGAAAUUUUUAAAAUUAUACAGUUAUGAUAGAGUCAUCUUGUUUUAGUCGCCACUUGGCUCUUCUACGAGAGAGUGCGUAGGCAUUGUCAGGUACAGGGUGCGAGUGUCGAGUCGGGGCAGCCGGAUAGAAGGACCAAGUGGGGAGAUUCAUUUCAAUUUUUCGUAACGAAUACAUAUAACAUAUAAUAAUGGUUACAAAAGUAAAAUAUAACAUUAUAGUGACUAAUAAAUCUAAAUUAUAUGAAAUGUUUAUAGAUUUAAAUGAAGUUCGUUUCUUUAGGGUGACCUUCUGUGCUUGUUUGAUGAGAACGAUGUACAUCUCACUGACAAUAGUCGUUGAUGGUAUUAUUGUAAUGAUCUGAUCUUUGUAAGCGGUUUGUUUUAUGUACACUGUAGAACUAACAUUGUUUUGCGUUCGACAGUUCUUUACACCAAUUCAUUUUAUAGUAUUACUCUGUUGGCUAGGAGCGCUGUAAAAAUGUAAGUGUUAAUAAAAAAAACAUUUUCAAAAUAUUAA